GAGGGAGGAGGCUGCAGGGCUGUGUAACCUGCAGGAUCUCCUGGUCCUGCUGCAGCGAGCAGACCACCGACUCCCUGACUCUCUCCUCUCAACCCACUCCCCCGUCUGCUUGUUUCUGUACGUGCUUUAUUUCUCUCUCUCUGUCCUCCUCUGUGUGCGGUUCUCCCCGCAUCCCCCUCCUCCCCACCAGCCCGGUCCAGCCCGGUGCAGCCCGGCCCAGCCAUGGCCCGGGAGAACGGGGACCCCGGCCGGGGGGACGCGUGGAAGAAGCAGGUGGACGACAUCAAGAAGAUCUUCGACUUCAAAGAAGUGCUGGGGACAGGGGCGUUUUCGGAGGUGGUCCUGGCGCAGGAGAGGCUGACCGGCCGGAUGUUCGCGGUGAAGUGCAUCCCCAAGAAGGCUCUGAAGGGGAAGGAGAGCAGCAUCGAGAACGAGAUCGCCGUGCUGAGGAAGAUCAAACACGAGAACAUCGUGGCGCUGGAGGACAUCUACGAGAGUCCGGACCACCUGUACCUGAUCAUGCAGCUGGUGUCUGGCGGAGAACUGUUCGAUCGGAUCGUCGAAAAAGGGUUUUACACGGAGAAGGAUGCGAGCACGCUGAUCCGGCAGGUCCUGGAUGCGGUGAACUACCUGCACAAGAUGGGGAUUGUUCACCGGGACUUGAAGCCUGAGAACUUGUUGUAUUUCAAUCCUCAAGAUGAAUCCAAGAUCAUGAUCAGUGACUUCGGCCUGUCCAAGAUGGAGGGCAGCGGCGACGUCAUGUCCACAGCCUGCGGCACGCCGGGAUACGUGGCUCCGGAGGUUCUGGCCCAGAAGCCGUACAGCAAAGCGGUGGACUGCUGGUCCAUCGGAGUGAUCGCCUACAUCCUGUUGUGUGGUUAUCCCCCGUUCUACGAUGAGAACGACUCCAAGCUCUUCGAGCAGAUCCUCAAAGCCGACUACGAGUUCGAUGCACCGUACUGGGACGACAUAUCAGAUUCAGCCAAGGAUUUCAUCAGCUGUCUGAUGGAAAAAGAUCCAGCCAAGAGAUUCACCUGCGACCAGGCCCUCAGACAUCCCUGGAUCUCCGGGGAUACGGCUCUCUGCAAGAACAUCCACGAGUCAGUCAGUCGGCAGAUCAGGAAGAACUUUGCCAAGAGCAAGUGGAGGCAAGCGUUCAACGCCACCGCCGUAGUGCGGCACAUGAGGCGGCUGCAGCUCGGCAGCAGCAUGAGCAGCAGCGGUGACCCCUCCAACCCGUCAGCAAGGACGAGACAGACCCAAGGCCAGAACCAGAACCAGAGCCAGACAGCUCAGAGCCAGAGCAGCGGCCAGGCUGAGCAGAGCACCAACAGCAGCGCCAGCAAAGCCUCCUCCGUAGACAACAACGUAGCAGCUCCCCGUAAGGAAUGCGUCCCCGGACCGGUCACCCCCUGUAGUCUGGCGUCCACGGCCUCGUCCCCCGCCGCGGGCCCCGAGCUGAGCCGGCCCCACCCCUCGGCGGUGCCCGCCCCGGUGCUGACGGAGACCAAGUGACGCCAGGUCCCGCGGAGCACCAGCUGGGAGGCCACAGCACUGUGAGACGGAGAGAGAGACGGACGGUCCGAGGGGAGGGGGGGCGCGCUCUUAUCCGUCCCUCCCGCUCCUCCACGCGCUCUCUCUCGGAUGUGCCCCGCUACGCCCCCAGCUAGUGCCCCGCCCUGCUCGCAGGAGAGCAGAGGACGUUACACCUCCACCACCCCCUCACCCCCACCGAAUCAAGCCGCCAUUGCCAUACUGGAAGGCCACCAGGACCGUGUUGGAGGACUUCCUCCUCCUGCAGCACCGACUCACCCACCCACUCACGCCCGCUCGGCUGCCACUUUUGGCGGUUUGCCGAGGAAAGGCGGCUGACGGCUCCACGCUGGAGCUGCUGCUGGAGCUGGUUUUAUCACAUUCAGUGUCAGUCAACUUCCCUCUUGAAUCUGGUCUUUCCUGCACCUCUCCAAUCAGCUCUUUUAUUUCCAACUAAGUUUUGACUGUUGGCAACUGGAUUGUUUUUUUUAUUAUUACUUUUAAUUUUUAAGGUAGCAUGUGUAACUGAUCAUUGUCAAUUUGAUAUUGCCACUUUAGUAUAAGGUAAUCCAUCCUCCCUGUAGCCAAGGUAAAUAUUAGCAGCUCUUGCUACUCAGCUAUCGUACCAUAGAUAUUUGUGUAAAAAUUAAGAUUCCCCCCUCACCGUACUCUUUGUUUUGAAUAUUGAUGCAGAGUUAGAGGCCGGCUGCGCGCUGUGUCAUAGCCUCGCUUGUUUACACAGGUUUUUACUAAUGUCGCAAACUAAUUUGACAAUGAUUCGUCUGUGUGAAAAUGCUACACAUAGCACCUUUUAAGACCUUUUCCGUGUCCUUAUGGGUUUGUUUUUCUGUCCGUUUGUGCUUGAAGAAGUGCUUUAAAAGCACCAUAUGACUGUUGAGUGAGCGCUUUUAUCUAUUUUGCACAGAGAAGGUCCGAUACGUUAUCUCAGAUGAAAUAGUUGCCGUGCGCAUAUGUUUGGGAUUGUAAAUCUGUUUCAAAACGGGAAAAAAAAUGGAAAGGAUGGAUGUCAGAGCAUCUUACAACUUGUUUAUUGGUCGGUCUACAAUCUUCUGAUUAGUUUGUGUACUUAGUUUUUGAAACUUUUAUAACAAUCACCCUUGAAGGGACGAACUCGUACUAUGAGAACAUGCAGCAAGUGGAUGAGAAAAGACAGAGAUCUGUGUUUUAUUUGAAAACUGCUUCUGAUGUAGAGGGUUCGGGAAUAAAUAUAACAUGCCAUUUGGCCCCAAAGAAGCCAGAGGAUUGUUUUGAGAUGGUUGUAAGAGAUGCAGACUGCCGCCGUUCCUUCCCCCUCUAAUGAAGCCAUGAUCUCACCUUCUCGUUCUGUUGAGCUGCACCCAGUCCAGAAGUCCUCAGGGAAAUCUGCAGCUGCACUGUGCGCUGGCAAACACCAGUGUCCUGCUUUCUUUCUUUCACUUUAGGUCCGUUAAGGCAUCACAGUUAAAAACCCAAGGCUCAAGACAUGAGCAGUUAGACCUGUGCCCAAAGUACGAGAUCACAAAAGGUUGGUCACCACCAGAAGCCCGAUGGGUCCUUUUUUUUAUUCAUUUAUGAGUUUUACUUUUUGGGGGAUGGGGUUUUGUCUUUGCAUCUCUAUUUAAACGUCUAAAUUCGGUUGGUUUUCCUCAAACGUGGCCGCUGGUGGCGCUGGCCUUCCAGGCGUAAAUCAGAAAGCGGAAGCGCACGCUUCAGGGUGCUCACUCACACAUAUCAGAUUGUCAUGUCUUUAUUAGAGGCAAUUCUACAAAGCCCUUUAUUGUGAAUUGUAGCCAAAGAUUCGUGCUUUGUUUCGAAGACAAUUCGGUUCUUUGAUGAACAAGUUUGAGCGAAACUCUUGAUGUGAAGUUAUUCAAGCUAAAACUGAAGGGCUGAACUCCAGCUGCAAACUAAUCUGGAGAGAGAAAGAUGUUAACCUUUGAACUCUUCUGUUUCCAUUUUAUUAUCUUUAUAGUUGUGUUGCUAGACAAGAGAAAUGACCUGCAAACUAUUCCCAGUGUUUGCUUUGACGGGUGGGAAUGAGAGCACAUCUGGAUAAUAAGUCAUAUGAAGGUAGAAAAGACACUUUACGGCUCACCGCAUGGUUCUGGGUGUGAAGGUUCCCCUGCCGGGCCCUGAAUUGAACUUAAAGCGACCAUGACGACACAUUUGUGCAUCAAAACCUGUCUUCUUGGUCACUGUGAACAUGCACAGCAGCAUGUGGGGAUUUUUAGAUCUUUCACUCCGCUCUCGUACGUUUUUCAUCACUGCUUAUAUGUUGUUCAUUUUAAAGAAAAAAACUAUCAAUCUAAAAUAUAUAGACACCACAUUUUGGAUCGUAACACAAAACCAGUUAUAGUUUCUUGUGUCUUUAUUGAACACACCCAUAAACAUUCACAGUUCUGCCUAUUUGGAGUCAACAGUUUGCACAUCUGGACUCCAGUUAAUUAAAUUAGUUCAAAAGUGUGGACUAAAGCUACUUUAAUUGAUUGAAAUAUAAAGUUUGUUGUUCGUAACAAGCACAAACUGGUUUGAACGAAGCCUGGCAAAACACUGGAAAUGAAAAGCAUCCUUGAUCAUGUGUCCACCAUACGCAAGUUAAACAAACCAGUAUUCCACAACAUCAUUGGGAAAAUGGCCAAUGAUGCUUAUCAACAUAUCUGACCUCCCAAAAAAUGGCUUAUCCUUCUUGACCUGCUACGUCCCUUUAAAGCUUCAUGGUAGGGGAAAACAUCUCCCUUACAUCACCUCUCCCAGAGGGUGCCCCAAGGCAUGGUACUUGGGUCCCUCCUCUUUGCCUUAUACACCACCUCUCUGGGGCAGAUUAUUCAUUCACAGGGCUUCUGGUAUCACUGCUAUGCAGAUGAUGCACAACUCUACCUGUCAGUCACACUGGACAACCCCAAAACAUCUGCAUGAAUCUCAGCUUGCCUCUGAACUGUCUGCAUGGAUGAAGAAUCACCACCUUCAACC